GACGUCGACCGACGAUUCCGUGCAACUGCGGCUUGUCACUGACACGGAUGAAUACUGUUUUCAACUUGAACAGGAAAAAACAAACGAUCCAACUUACUUUUGCGUUGCGGAUGUGGUAGGCUGCAGCGGAACGCUUAUUGGUCCUGUGGCUAAACGCUUGCGCACGGCAGCGAAUGACGAAAGCUUUAAGCACGCCCGUGAAGGCUUAGUCAAAGAGGUGGAGGAGCUUCGCCAGCAGAAGUGAGUCUUGGCAUUUCCGUUUACGGUUCCACAGGUUGAAGACACGCAUGUGCCAGGAGGAAUUUGUGUCUAGUCUGAAAACGGAACGUUCUCGAACCGGGAAACGGGCUCUCAAACAGGAAACAAGAAGCAAGCGAUCGAAGCCCAAUACGGAUGCUCUUUCACCCACCACGGUGCCUCAAGGCAACAAAACCGGGCAGAAACACGCUGAAAGUCGGACUCUCGCACCCCAGGACACAGCACCAGCCGUCACAAUGGACCAAUCAGCUUUGAGGAUCGAUGAACGAAUCACAGGUCCGAAUUGGUCUCAUGCCUCGUUCAAGGUCACCACCGAUUGCAAUUUAAAUCCUGCCGGACCUGGUCCGUCUAUCUCGCUGCGCGAGCGUUGCCUCUUGGCUGCUUCUCGACGUCGGGUUUUGGAAGCACGUCUAGCCAGUGCACUCGCUAACGCCGAUAAAGGUGUAAGGGGGACGUUAAUCGAAGAGAUUCGUGCUGAUCUGUUUGCCCUUGUGGACGAACUUCUUCGUGAUACCGAGUUGAAGCAACUGAAGUCUCACUUGGUCUGAGAUUGCUUCCCAAGCUUUCUUCCAUCAACCAACUACAACAGAAUGCGUAUCGCGGUCAGAUACUACGCCCCGGUGCUCUAUGCUGCAUUCCCUGUGUUGUCGUUGGCUGCGGUUUCGUUGAAUUGGAUCAAGUUUCGCAAGCAGUGUUCUCAACGCAGUGCGUACUUUGAGAAGACUGGAAUCGACCUUGAUCCCGGGAGUCCGCUCACCAUCGAUAAUGCCCGAGCAUUCGGGAUGGCCGCCUUUCGCAAACUGCUGCCUUUCACUGAUUGAACACCACGAGGCUCCGAACCUCGUGACGUUUUGCUCGUCUCUGUGUUAGCUAUUACCUCAUUCCGUUUAAAUCUCUCACCUUUCGUCCCAUUCAUUCGUUUCCCACUUCAGUCUUGUCCGUUGUUGUGAACUCGGAGCCAUCACCUCCCUCAAAUGUUUUGAUGUGCCGUUUGAAAACCCCACACUCCUCAUUCAUAACGCGUGUGGCUCAUUUUGAAGCCGGUGUCAUAUUUCCUCCCGUAACACAUCCAUCUAACUGUGUACAUCAUACGUUGCGUUCUCCAUUUGUACUAUGGUGUAGUGCCGUUUCUCCGAGCCUCAUUGGGGUCUAGAUGACAUUUGUGAAUGUCUCGGAUGGUUUCGGGAUCUUGAUGUCGUACAAUACGGGAAUGGUUAGAUGUUGGACUUCCAAAGAAGUCGGUUAUUAAUAGGUGAGCAGUGUGAUCAGUUCGUUUAUCGUGAGCGAGUUAUCCCUUUCGAAAACCACUCGAAGUGCUUCAGCAUUUCUGACCCAGUGUUCCAACCAGACUCUGAAUACAUCGAUGGUCA